AUGUACCCCUCCAAGAUUAUUUCACUGCUCGCUGCCGUUCCGGCUACCAUGGCCUGCCUUGGCUACGAAGGUGGAAUCCCGAAGGCUACCGACACCAAGUCACUUGAUGCCCCCCAGUACAUCAAGGCCGGUGAGGUCUUCGAUGCCGAGUGGGUCCGCUAUGACCGUGGUCAGCCUUGCGAUGGUCAGAGCGAAGGUGGCGAGAAGGACACGGUCUUCGUACUUGAGGACGGCGCCACCCUGAAGAACGUCAUCAUUGGUGCCGACCAGAAGGAAGGUGUCUACUGCAAGGGCUCCUGCAACCUCGAAUUUGUCUGGUUCGAGAACGUUUGCGAAGACGCUAUCUCGAUCAAGGGUGAUGGUCUAGCUACAAUCGUCGGAGGCGGAGCCUACGGAGCUGCUGAUAAGAUCAUCCAGCACAACGGCUGCGGAACAGUGCACGUUACCAACUUCUACGCCGAGGACUAUGGCAAAGUGUACCGUUCUUGCGGCAACUGCAAGGGCAACUGUGCCCGCACCGUUCACAUGGAGGGUGUCACGGCCGUCAACGGCGGCGAGCUUAUGGGCAUCAACCCCAACCUGGGCGACAAGGCUACCUACUCGAACAACUGCUUCCCCAAGACCGAGUGCCAGGCCUACGAGGGUUGCGACAAGGCGAACGGCGACUGCGAGCCUAGCAAGGCAGGCAAGUGCUGA